AUGAGUGCGGAUGCUCAGGAUCGGAGCGACCGAGGUGCAUUCGGUCUUCCUUCUGGACUGCUUCCACUACCGCCACCGUCGGCAGAUGUUUCCACCGCUGGCGAGAUUCAGAACGAUGAGGACCACAUUCCACUCCAGAUAUUCGUUCCUGAGCUCGUCCUGCAAAAAUGCUUCAACGUCAAGCGUGACGAACUUAUUUGGAAUAUAAAACAAACAAUUCUGUCAUCUUUGCCGAAAGAGCUGAAGGAAAGUUUCAAUUAUGGCUUAUACUGCCCACCCGUCAAUGGAAAAUCGGGAAAGUUCCUCGAUGAAGAGCGUCCCAUUAGCGACUAUCCUCUCAUGGACCCGGUUGCGUAUCUGGAGCUUCGCUAUAAACGCAGAGUGUACCGUAUGGUGAACGUCGACGAGAAGCACAUAAAGCAGCUCCACACUCGGUCGAACCUGCGGCGUCUUCUCGACAACGUGGCCAAUGGAACUGUGGAGAAAGUUAACAAACUCUGCACGCGCGGAUUGGAUCCUAACUUCCAUGAUCCGGAUUCUGGCGAAACUCCACUCACUCUCUCAGCAACCUUGAAAUCACCGAGCAAAAUGAUCAUUGCGCUCGUCAACGGCGGAGCCCUGGUAGAUUUCCGCACCAAGGAUGGCCGUACGGCAUUACACCGAGCUGUCGAAAGGAACAACCUCGAAGCUCUGAAAACUUUGCUGGACUUAGGAGCCUCGCCCAACUACCGAGAUGCCAAAGGCCUCACAUCAUUGUACUACACAAUAAUUCACGGGGCCGAUGUACAGUUGACUGAAAUGCUUCUUCAUGAUCACGCUGCGACGGGUGCUCAAGAUCCCCAAGGCUGGCAGGAAGUACAUCAGGCUUGUAAACAUGGUUUGGCGAACCAUCUUGAUCAAUUGCUCUACUAUGGCGCCAGCAUCGAUGCUCGGAACGCAUCAGGGAAUACGCCUCUCCAUGUAUGCGCCGUGAACGAUCGGGAAGAUUGCUUGAAAAUUCUGCUUAAGAGGGGUGCUGAUGCCAUGGCGCUCAACUACGCCAACCAAACGCCCUAUCAGGUCGCUGUAAUUGCUGGAAAUCAUAAGCUUGCCGAAAUGAUCCAAAACCAUAAACCAGGCAACGUGGAACCGUUUGAUGAGCCGCCCAGCUAUAACCCUCGACGCCGGGUGUCUUCGGUUGGAGCGGUGCUCUCGUCAACGGUCUCCGAUAGUCGGCUUUGUUCUGGCGCUGCUUCGCGUGAAACAUCAGCGGUUCCAAACAGCUCUUGUGGACGACCCCCGUCUCGGAGCCCUUCAAACCGGUCACUACCUGCUCUGUCCAGUGAUACGCUAUCGUCGAACUCCGAACCCUCAACCUUCCAAGAUGAACUUGGCUUAGAACGACCCCUAAGCGAAGCGAUCCGGAAUUCAGAAAGGGAUCCCGUUCAAAGCAAUGUCCUCGCGGCUGGCAGUAUCUGCAUCGCCCAGCAGAACUACGUCGCACAGUCGAAGCAACAAUUGAGUCUCCACUCUGGAGACACAGUUGAAGUUCUUCGUGUGAUCGACUCCGUGAUGCUGGAGGGCCGCAACCGGGAUACGGGCCAGUGUGGACUUUUCCCUUCAGUCUGCGUGGCUCUCGCCGGCGCUAAUCCAGAGGGUCAUCUCUUCUCAAGGGGGAGACCCACGAGAAGCAAACUUUUUACAGAACCGCGAACCGUGGUUCUCCACAAGAACAAGAAAGGCUUUGGAUUCAUUCUCAGGGGAGCCAGAGACCGCAAAACUUUCAAAGAGAUCAACGACAAUGGGCCUUCCCUGCAAUAUCUCGACGACAUCGACAAAGGCGGAGUGGCGGAUAUGGCCGGACUGAAAAAAGGAGACUAUUUGCUCGAGAUCAACGGACAAGAUGUUUCACAAGCAUCUCACGAAACGGUAGUCAAUAUCAUAAGACAGAGUGGGGACUUGGUCGCUAUGACCGUCGUCGCAGCGAUCACAGCAGGCGAUUCGCAGGCGAAUUACCGACAGUGCACUACGCUACCAAGCAAGCUUUCCAAAAAAGGUCGAUCGAUUUCAGCGCCAGCGCCCCCGAAACGGGACCCGAAGACCACGCUGACUCUGGGGCCGAAAUCCGGCGGUGGACAGAUUGAUCAUGAUGUUGGUCACGGUCUGGGCUUGGGACCCGGAAACGGAAUCGGCCACAUCCUUGAGUACAAUUCAUCCACGCCGUCGUCGUUCCAGCAGCAGCAGCAGCAAGAUCUGCUGCAGAAAUACGUGACGGAACAGUCUCAUUUCGACGACGAAAGAAUGUGUAUUUCCACAAUCGAAGAUUCCAACAAGCUUGCUUCGAUUCGAUCCCGACCAUCGUCUCGGAGAUUGACUGGCGCCGAACUCGAGGAAUUCUUCACAAAGCAAAGCCAACAAAAUUUACUCAAGCACAAGCAGAACCAGCCCCAACAAGUACUGAUUGAUGACAAUGAUGCAAUGAGGAAAUGUGCCACGAUAGCACGUUUCCCGAGAUCGGGCGAAAUCAAACCAGCCAGCGCAGAAGAGGAGGAGGCCCUCAAAGCGCUCCACAGGAAUUUCGCUAGCGUACCUGAUCUCAACAAAGAAGGCGAAAACUCUAAAUCUCGAAGCGCCAGUGGCGACAAUCUCAAACAAGAACUCCAACAAGGUGAUAUCGUUUACUCGAGAAGCAGCAAGGCGAUCAAAAGGGAUGACAAACGAAUUUAUGCGGAAACCCUGCCCCUCGGUAAGAAGAACCUCCCGGGCGCGGGUCCUCCACCCACGCAUCCGCCCCCGCCUCCGCCAGGUCAGCAACAAUCGGCACAGCAGCAAUCUGGUGCGUCGAAAGCCGACUACGCCGGAUACCCGGACGUCAAUUCGGAAUCGCUAGCUCUAGGGGGAGUACACAUGUCCAGUUUCCGACCCGGAGACUCAGCGAAAUUAUAUGCGAGUCCUGAGUCCGUCAUGUCCUCGGUCGGCUAUAGGCCGUCGUCUGGUCAGACUUCAGGAGCAGCGUCAAAUGCCAAUCGCUCGCAGUCGGUCCCCCCUCCCAGGAAUCGCAAGGAUCAAUCGGCAGCGUACAAGAUGCAGGUCACUGCAGGAAUGGGCAGCGGGAACCGAGCCGAUGAGUGUGUCCUUCCUGAAGACGCAAGUACUCCGCCUCUCCCGCCUCCGCCUUCUGAAAGCCUUCAACUUCAUCGAUCUUCACAUCAUGCAGCUCAUCAUCAGCCCUACAUUCCUGAUCCCGAUUACAAUAGCUCGGACGAUGACACGCCCAAGCAAGGUAUGAGGAGUCCAUCAGACCUUCCACUUCCUCCCCCUCCCCCAUUACCUGGACAAGAAGGAGGGGGUGUUCAGGGUCAGAUAAAACCUCCUGUGCGAUCGAGCUCUAUCCUAGAGCAACCUUUGCCGAAACCCCCGCUCGGCAAAGCGUCCGCCAAUCAGCUUAACGCUAGCGCUACCGGAGUUCAAAUAAAACGCCAAGGCGACAAACUAGUCCUCGAGCAGUUAGUAGGCGAAAACAAUGAGCACCAAGGAGUUCCAACCCAGUCUGUGAUGCGAUGCAGCACAGCCACCGCUGGCCAGAUGCAGGCUGCCGCUUUGGCUCUCUCGGGUCAUCUGCCCACGGGUCAGAGUCCAGGUCAGAGGCCUAUGAGCCACGAUGACUCGUCACUGAUCGAGAAGAAAUUGAUCGAGCAGCGAAGAGCCCAAGUCAUUCAUCAGCACAUCCUCGCUCAACAACAAAAUCAGCAGCAACAACAAAUGGCAGCAGCUGGACGCUCCGCGGGAAUAACUGGCGGCGCCGGAUCAACGCCGAGCGAGGAGUUGUUGAAACGAUUGAAUCAGAGUUAUGUUGUUCAACGAGGUCAAGGUGCUGACGAAGCAAGCCAACGCCAACAGCAACUGAGUACGCUCCAGCGCCAGCAGCAUCAGCAACAGGAGCAACAACAAAUGGCACAGCGCAGGAGCCAAAGCGCCACGCGUGCUGGCGAGGCGAACAAUAACAACAGCGCGAACAACAACCUCACUCAACAGCAGCUCUAUCUCCUGCAACAGCGUCAAUUACAGCAGCAGCAGCAACAGCAGCAACAGCAACAACAACAAACAACGCUGCCGAUGACCAAGCAUAGCGGUCAGGUGUUGAAUGCUCAACAACAAGCCGCUCUCCAUCAGCAGCAAAUCUAUCAGCAGCAUUUACAGCGUCAACGCGAGUUGCAGCUGCACAACCAAGGUCAACAGUACAACAGCCAGCAAAACCACCAACAGCAACAGCAGCAGCAGCAGCAGCAACAACAACAACAACAACAACAACAAGCUGGCCAGCAAAACAUUCCCAAGAAAACUCUCAAGAUUAGGUUGGAUCAAAAAGUGCAAGCAACGCGACGAUCCCAAGAUCGUUGCAGCUCCCUAGAUAGGAAUAGCGCUCUCCAGAGAUCCCUCGACUCUACGACGGACUGCUCGGGGCUACGCAAAAGCAUCGAUGAAAGCUUACAAUUCAUCCGUAUGCAGGUGGAUAGUUUGGGUUUAGCAGCUGUCUCGGAGGUAGAUGUUCUACCCGAAGUAGUUCCUCCCCCACCAGAAUUCACAGCCGCACAGGCGGGCCAACGAGGCGGAUCCCAAUGCCCUCCGCCGCCACAAUUCAGCGACCAUCUGCAUCACGCAGCGCGGACGACGAUUCCCCAACUAACCCCGCAGCAACAUGCUCAAUUAACCCCUCAGCAACAAGCAGCGUAUCAGGCCGCUUUGCUGCAGCAACAACAGCGCCAACAACUUCAACAACAGAGACAACAACUCCAACAGCAUCAUCCAGGUCGAGCUUCUCCAGAUCUCCGUCAGCAGUAUGCCCAGCAAAUGGCCCAGCAACAAGCUGCCUAUGAGGCAUACGCUAAGCGAUUGCAACAAAAUGGCUGCAGCACGCUACCCUCAGGCUUCACAGGAGGAGGCACCCUUAGGGUUGUGCGCCAGAAUCAAGGAUGGGAAAACCAACAGCUUGACGCGCGCCAACAAUUCGGGACGAUUGGAGGCCGUAUGGGAGGUCAUGUGCAACAUUCGCAGCAGCAACAAUCGCGCCUGCAGCAGCAGUAUCAACAAUAUCAGCUCCAGAAGCAGCAGCAGGCAGCUCAUCAACAGCAACAGCAUCAGCAGCAGCAGCAUCAGGCAGCUCAUCAACAACAAGGCGUAUUGCAAGUGGAGAGGCACGACCUCGCUAGGCUUAGAACGGUUCAGAGAGAAUUCCGACAGAAAUCGCUUGACCAGUGGACCCAGCGGGAUGUUGCUGACUGGUUGGAGUCUUUGUUCCUCCAGGAGUAUAGGACAAACUUCCAAGGAAUCAACGGAGCCAAACUGUUACAAAUGAAUCAGAAUGACUUUAUAACUCUUGGGGUGAAGCAGGUGGGACACCGAGUGAACAUGGAGCGAUCUCUGAAGAGAUAUAUGAAAUGAGUGAUCGAGAUGAGUGACCGAUGAAUACUCGAUUUUUCCCGGGGUCCGAACUUGGAAAUCAACGCAGUUGAUCUCACGUGAGAAACUUUCGUGGAUCUCGGAAAUCCUUGUACUCUGAAUAAGCGAAAAGUUCCUCGAUGAGUUCCCCAAUUGUAACUAUUCAAAAGAACUUCCAUCGUGACAAAGUCUUGAACCCAUGGCAGGGAAGGAUCCCUGCAAGCGCUGAUUAAGCGGGUGCAAUAUUAUGCAUUUUGCGACGGCCGAUUUUCCGAUGGUUCCCGUCAGGACCCAGUUGGAGUAUCCGGAAGAAUGUGCACCUUGCGAUUCUUCCACCGAGAGAAAAACUACGGCAGACUCCUACUGAUCUCCUUCUUCUUCGUCGAGGGGCGGCAACGAAUCUGAAAAGGCGGCAGAACUCUAUUCAAUAAGAAUCCAUGACAGAUGUUCCC